CAGCAGCCAAGUACCAAAUCAAGUUUACACUAGCACUGGGUGAUAACUUUUACUUUGAUGGUGUUAAAGAUGUGGAUGAUACCUGAUGCAAGGAUACAUUUGAAAAUGUUUACACUGACAAAGCCUUGCAGACACCAUGGUUCCUUGUGGCAGGCAACCAUGACCAUAGGUGAAAUGUUUCAGCACAGAUUGAGUAUUCCAAAAAGUCAGAGAGAGAUGGAUUUUCCCAAACUAUUACUAUCCCAUUCAUUUUACUAUCCCUGGUUCUAAUGCCACAGUGAGCAUUUUGUUGCUAGACACUAUAUUCAGCUCUGUGGAAACACCAAGGAUAACAAAUUAGGGGACCUACAUGUACCCCAGCAAACACGCAAUGGCAGUGGCUUGAAAACAAUGAUUUCAUCUUGGUUGCUGGGCAUUUCCCUGUGAUAUCUGUUGCUGAACACGGUCCAACAUCAUGUUUCUUAGAGACCUUGAUGCCAAUGUUGUAUAAGUACAAAGUGACCUCUUUCUUUUCUGGGCAUGAUCAUAAUCUACAGAACGACAAUGUCUACCUAGAAAACAAAUUGAGCUGAUGUGACUGCUGAUGAUUCAAUCUAUCAAGUACCCUAGUAUGUGCCAAGUCUUCUGUGCCUGUUUUGCCGGGGCUCAGUCACUACCAAAGGUCCUGGGGAAUAGUAUUCAGUUCCAUUGUGGCAACAUCCCAAAACUAGACGUUGCUAAACCACUUCUAGAUAAAAUUUGAAGUAGUUUCCUUUUUGCACUACCUUGUCAUGUUACAUGUACAGUGUAUCAGUGUUUCAUUUGCCUUUUUUUUUCAUACUUCUCACAUGAUGGUGUGAGAGCAUAAGUUGUAUGGUUAGGUUUUUUAUUGUUAGUAUUAUUUUGUCAAACCAUUGCACUCUUUGUUAUACGUGAAUUGCAUAAUAAUGAAAAAUGGCUACAUUUUCUUCUUAAUUUUCAAUUACACAAGUUUCAUAUUUGUAUAAAUUUCAUCAUCUACAGGCCAAACAGUCAGAUGUGUCUGUGGAUUAUUUUGUCAUUGGAUCAGGUAACUUUGUGGAUCCCUCCAUGGCACAUGCCAGCAAAGUUCCCAGUGGCUCUCUGAAAUACCACUGGGCUGAUAAAUUAAAGUCAGGAGGACUUGCAUACAAUGAAGCAACAACUCAAACCAUGACCCUCUCUUUUAUUCAAGGGGAUGGCACAUACUUAUACAGUCACUCCAUGAAACCAAGAAAGUAAACUUACAAUGAAUUGCAUUGCAAAUUUUGUAUCCUUUUUAAAAUCCUUUAAAAAACUUAUUGAUGAGUGCCGUAUGGAACAAAAUCCUUGAAACAUAUCUCCUUGCUUUUAAGAAGCAAGUUACCAAUUUGAUAUCAGUCUAUUGUGAUAUUCUUCUCCUACAUCGAAUGAUAUUAACAGCUAGUUAAUUGUCAGCGGUCCUUAUCCUAACUUGACUUUGUUACAGUUUCUCUUGACAUACUUGCUUUUUGAAAAUGUUUAAUGACAUAAGGAUAUGAUAACAACUAGCCAGCCAAUAAUAUUAAUUUUCCUCUUACUAAAAGUGUUUUGAAUAUUUUUUCUGUUACAUUCCAUUUUUUCUGUUACAUUCCAGAAACAACAUGUAGAGGUGAAAAUAAAAUAUGAUUUUUGCUACUUAUUUUAUUUGCUUUGCUCAUUUGCAUAAAUUAACAUUAAAAUGUUUUUCAAAAAUCAUUAAAAAUGUGCUAAUUAUUUAAAUAUAAGUACAGUGGAUGGUGGUCUUUCCACUCUGAAUUGUAAGAAAGAAGUAAUAUCAGUUUUUCCACUGAAAUGUCUUCCUCAUUGACUUAGAAAUUAAAGCAUGUAAUCAUUCUAGAAGGACAAUCAGCAUAUCACUUCAAAAAACCAGUUGUUGAAGAGGUGAUAUUUGAAAUUAUUUUUCUUGUAUCAGAGAAAUAUCUGUCAUAGUUCAGGCAAGAUAAACGGAGGCAAUAACAGAUGGAGUAACUGUCUUUGCUCAGCAAUGAACAGUUCCAAAAAUAUGUUUCAAAUGGUUGGGGGCAUUCAUAGACUGUCAUUACGAUUAUGGAGGGUUUUUGUAAUAUCAGCCAUGGUUUUUGCACUUCAAGAUAAGUUUGUGGUCUGGCAAAACAUUUGCACACUAGAUUUCUAUGAAUUAAAAUAUAGUCACAUUUGAAAUCUUUACAAUAUUAUCUGAUCUGGCAAAUUCUCAACUCAGAAUAUGACCAGUGUGUCUGCCGACAAGCAUUACAGGCUAUGAUGUUGAAGCUUGAUAAUAGAGUUGCAGCUAACACACAUGGUCAAAUAUUUUAACAUCUUAUCAGCCUCAAAAAUGGCACAUUUUCAGGGCUCAGAUUGUGUUAAAUGGACAACAUUAACAGCUAAGCUAUUUUCAGCUUUAGUUCAUUAUUUUAGGCAUAUCAUGUAUGAUUAACAACCUGUGUCACAUACUUGGUAUUCUGAACAAUUGUUUGUCAGCAAAACAUCAGGCUAUAUUGGUAAAUGAUAUCCAGUUAUAUCUAUAGUGUAAUGUUAGGUUUGCUGAUCAACCCAUAAGGAGGGUUUAUGUUGGCAGUAUAUAAAGCAUGCAUUUUGAUAAACACACAAUACCAGCUGCAUACUCAUUCAGCAACACUAGAAGAAAAAAUAAUGGCAAUUGCUGGAGUAUUGCUGGCAUUGUGCUGCAUGAUCUCAGUUGGAUGGGCAUCAGGUAGUAGCUUAAGAUUUUUGGCUGUGGGUGACUGGGGUGGUCUCCCCUCCAAGCCAUACACCACACAUAUAGAGACCUCUGUAGCUCAUGCCAUGGGGCAGACAGCAGCCAAGUACCAAACCAAGUUUACACUAGCACUGGGUGAUAACUUUUACUAUGAUGGUGUUAAACAUGUGGAUGAUGCUAGAUUUCAUGAAACAUUUGAAAAUGUAUACACUGACAAAGCUCUGCAGACACCAUGGUACAUAGUGGCAGGCAAUCAUGAUCAUAGGGGAAAUGUUGAUGCAGAAAUUGAGUAUUCCAAAAAGUCACACAGAUGGAAUUUCCCUCACUAUUACUACCCCCUUCAAUUUUCUAUCCCUGGCUCCCAAGCCACAGUGAGCAUCUUGAUGCUGGACACUAUUCAGCUCUGUGGAAACACCAAGCAUGACCUUGCAGGGGACCAACCCCAAGGGCCUGCAGAUAUUAAAGUGGCAAAUGCCCAAUGGGAUUGGCUUGAGGAAAAUCUCAAAAACAACAAGGCCAGCUACAUUAUAGUUGCUGGUCAUUACCCUGUGAUAUCAAUUGCUGAACAUGGACCAACUAAAUGUUUGACACAGAAACUGAUGCCCAUGUUGUACAAGUACAAAGUGACAGCUUUCUUUUCUGGACAUGAUCACAAUCUGCAGCAUCUGCAGCAUACCCAAUCAGGCGUGCCUGUAGAUUAUUUUGUGAUUGGAUCUGGAAACUUCGUUGUCACCUCCACAGCACACCACAGUGCAGUGCCCAGUGGCUCUCUGAAAUACCAUGGGGCAGACAAACAUAAUGGCGGAUUUGCUUACAUUGAAGCAACCCCUCAAGCCAUGACCCUCUCUUUUAUAAGUGGAAGUGGUGCACAUUUGUACAGUCACUCCAUGAAACCAAGAAAGUAAAUCUGUACUGGAUGGCAUUACAAAUAUUGCAAAAAAUGUUUAUUAAUUUCCUAUGACUGUAGUUGGAGAGUGAUGAUAUUUUUUUCUUUGGAACAAUAUCCUAGACACUUUUCUUCUCUCUUCUGUUUUAAAACAAUGAUGUUAUUUGAUUUUAUAACAUUGUGGUGCCUUUCCAUUUUCACAACUGAAUAAAAGAUUCUAAAAUUUGA